AUGAGACUUGCGCACCUCCACCUUCCACACAUUACGCCCUUUGCGCGAGUCUCCGAGCUCCAACAAGCCCUGACAACCCGCUUUCUCACCCACAAGAAGCUCACCUCCCCGGGCUCCAUCUCCUCCCAAGAUAUCCCGCACCGCAAUUACCUCGCCCAGCAAUGCGCCUUACCACCCCCCGACCCAAUUAUCAUCACUUUCACCCCCAAUCCCGUCUACACCACCGGCCGCCGCGACCUGCCCCCCUCGAACACCUGCCCGCCCGACCCGCAGCAUCUCUCGCUCCCGCCACCCCUUGAACCAAUCCGCACACUACUCACCCCGGCCGCGCCGGACUCCGCGCCGCAAGUCGAGUACCAUCCGACCCUGCGCGGUGGUCAGACGACAUACCACGGGCCGGGCCAGAUGGUCGGGUACACGAUCCUGGACCUCAAGCGCCUAGGGCUCACGCCGCGGUGCCACAUCCGAGUGCUGGAGAAUAGCGUGAUCGACGUGCUGGCCCGGUACGGGGUGCACGGGCAUGUCACGGGCGACCCGGGGGUGUGGGUGGGCGAGGGCGACGCGGCGAAGAAGAUCACAGCCGUUGGGGUGCACCUGCGACGGAACAUUAGUAGCUUUGGGGUUGGGCUGAACGUGACAGAGGCGCCGAUGUGGUAUUUCCGGCAGAUUGUGGCGUGUGGGCUGGAGGGACGAGAGGCGACAAGUCUGGAGGGGAUGGGGGUGAAGGGCGUAUCGGUGGAGGACGUGGCAGGCGUGUUCGUGGAGGCUUUUGUGCGGAGGGUGAAUGCGGAUUUCGCAUGUGAAGGCGGGAAGGGCGGAGAGAGGAUCGAGGAGGUUUAUGAGGUUAGAGAGGAGGAUUUGAUUCAGGAGUUGGCUGGCUGA